ACGUCCUCCAGCUUCCUGCUGCAGCUCUGGGUUUCACUUCCCUCUGAAAGAGGCUGGAGAGAGAGGCGGGUCACCCACUAGAGUGAGAAGCCUCAGCUGGGACAGUAGAGAAUAAAGGUCAGGAGUGCAUGUGCUGGAUGCUCUCGUUAAGGAAAUAUUUAUGAGUCAACUAUCCAGAAUCAUAGUUAUUAUUCAAGUGAUGUGGGUUUGAAAGGAGAUUUGCUGCUAUGGCAAACCUCACUGGCUGACUUAGACUGUUCUUCAAGUUAAAGAGCAGGAGGAUGUCUGGAGCAACUGAAACACAUAUGGCUUCAGAGUGUGUCAAGAAGACCUGAAAGAUCUCACAUGGAAGUGAAAUUCAUUACUGGCAAGCACGGUGACAGGAGACCCCAGAGGGCUGAGCCACAAAGAAUUCGCAGAGCCUUGCGGCUGACUCUGUGGCCUAGUUUGAUCUUGAGGUCACUGUCUUGGAUAAUCUUCUCGAAUCUGUUCCUGUACUUAAGAGCCUCUCUGCACGUGACUGAGCUCUCUCUCAGGCUCCUUUACAUCGACCUGUCAGAGCUGACUUUCAGAGAACAUACGGCACAUCAACUCGUCCAACAGAUGUCCCUUUCAAAUAAGUUGGAGCAGAACCAACUAUAUGGAUAAGUCAUAAACAAGGAAACAGGCAACCCAGUGAUUUUCAGUGGCUUGGCAUAGCUCUUUGUACAGAAAACUCAGCCUCCUGGGUGGAACGUGAGUUCCACAGAGUGUGCAUGCAAUAGGCAAAUUGACUCUUGCCCCACUGGGGCUCAUGCUGCUUGACGGGACAGACAGAGGUACUUUGGAGUCCAAACUCAUCAUCAUCUCCAUGAAGUGUUCCUCAGUUUCACAGCAUUAAGAAGUAACAAGUUUAUCCUGGGAUAA